AUGCAGGACCCGGACACCACAAACGUCAAUGGUCGUGCUACCGACUACGAAAAGGACAAACAGCGCACGGUACAGACUUGGAAUGAGAAGCAAACAAGGGAAGAUGAGGGUUUCGCAAACAAUACUCAUACGAAUGGGGAGGUAGUAGGCAAAGAGAAGGAUCUGGAAAGCGAGAGAAGAGCGAGCCAGGAUGAACAGAGUCGGGAAGUAAACUAUGAAGGCAACGUACAAGAGACGGAACAAAACGGUCGCCCGACUUCAAAGUCAAGCCAUAAAGCCGACGCUGCUACAGGGGAAGACGAAGAAGCCGAAGAUGAAUCCAACUAUCUUUCCGGUCUCAAACUCGGCAUCCUCUCCCUCGGUCUCUGCCUCACAACUUUCGUCAUCGCCCUCGACAACACCAUAAUCGCCACCGCAAUCCCCAAAAUAACAACCGUCUUCAACAGUCUCGAAGAUGUCGGUUGGUACGGAUCGUCCUACCUCCUAACGACCUGCUCCCUUCAGCCCUCGUUCGGGAAAGUGUAUACAUAUUUCGACGUCAAGUACACGUACCUCUUCGCGCUUCUCCUUUUCGAAAUCGGAUCGAUUAUUUGCGCCGCUGCCAGGAAUUCACCCAUGUUCAUCAUUGGAAGAGCAGUUGCGGGAGCUGGCGCUGCCGCCCUUUUCUCAGGAGGCAUGACGAUUAUAGGGUACUCUGUCCCGCUGCGCAAACGACCUAUCUACAUCGCCGCGCUAUCCAGCAUGUUCGGUAUUGCCAGCGUCGUUGGUCCCAUCCUCGGCGGCGCCUUGACCGACCGCGUCUCCUGGCGCUGGUGCUUCUGGAUCAACCUGCCCUUCGGCGCCGUCUCACUCUUCGUCGUCGGCUUCUUCUUCUCGAACCCGGAGCGCCAGUAUAGCCACACCCCCUUCCGAUCGCGCAUCAAGGAAAUCGAUUUGCUGGGCGCGGUCUUCUUGAUCUGCGCCAUUGUGUGUUUGUUGCUCGCGCUGCAAUGGGGUGGCCAGACGUAUCCCUGGGGGAAUUCGAAGGUUUGGGGGACUUUGCUGGGCUUUGGGCUCAUUAUUAGUGUGUUCAUUGCGAUUCAGAUGAGGCAGAAGGAUAGGGCGACGAUUCCGGUCAGGGUGUUUAAGCAACAAACUGUGUUGGUUAGCUGCGUGUUCUCGGCGCUGCUGUCUAUGGGGUUGUAUACCCACAUCUUCUACCUCCCGUUUUACUUCCAAGCCUCCAAGGGCACCACAGCCGAAGAAUCCGGCAUCCGCACCAUCGCCUAUCUAGUCAGCAUAACAUGCUCCUCCAUCGUCAUCGGCGGCCUAAUCACCAUCCUCGGCUACUAUACACCCUUUAUGUGGUUCGGGAGCGCCGUCUUUACAAUCGGCGCAGGGAUGCUGUACACCCUCAAAAUCUCCUCCCCGGCCGCCUCAUGGAUCGGCUACCAAAUCCUGGCCGGCAUCGGCGCCGGCGCCUCUGUGCAAAUCCCCUUCAUCGCCGUGCAGGUCGUCACCUCCACGCGCGACAUGCCCACCGCCAACGCCAUGGUCAUGUUCUUCAACUCGCUCGGCGGCGCCAUCGCCAUCAGCAUCGCGCAGAACAUCUUCGUCAACAGCCUCGCGCGCGAGAUCCCCAAAUACGCGCCGGGCCUGGAUCCGCGCAUAGUGAUCAAUGCGGGGGCCACGUAUGUGCGCCAGGUUGUGCCGCCGGCGCUGCUGCAGGGCACGCUGGAGGCGUAUACCAAGGCGAUUGUGAGUGCGUUUAUACUGGCGAUUGCGACGGCGGGCUUGGCGUUCUGUGUCAGUCUCGGGAUGGAGAUGAGGAGCGUUAAGGGGAAGAAGCUGGUGCAUGCUGGGGGCGCGUAG